CUCCUUUUUUUCUUUUUCACUGUUGGCUCAAUCUUCAGUCAUGCCGUCCAUCGUCGCCAGCAGUACCAUUGUUGCGUCGCUGGGAUUGUUUGCGACCUCGUUCAUUCUCUGCGUCGUCGCCGUCUCCACGCCCAUGUGGCUCGAUCGCGAGUCCUUUGGGACGCAUACGAGGCUCGGCAUUGUGCACCAGUGCUGGCCGUCCUUGUCGGGCUCCGAGUACUGCAUGGUCGCGCCUAUCGACCAGCUGCCCGUCGCUUGGCAGGCCGCCUACUGCCUGAUGGUCGUUGGAAUGAUCUCGCUCUUUGGCGCCAUUCUGUGCUCGCUCGGCGCUUGGUACAACACCCACAGCAUGCGCAUUGCAUGUAACCUGGGAUUCUUUGCUGCGUGCUUGCUCGCUUUGGCCACUCUCAUCUUCCCGGGAGGAUUUAGCUCGCCUCUUGUGAGCGGGAAGGCAUUCAAGCUGCCCGAGAAUGUCUCUGUGGGCUAUUCUUAUAUUCUGUUCAUCCUGUCAACGUUGUUUGCGUUCUUGGCCGAGCUGUUUGCUGCACGAAUCAUUCUGCCAGUCCACUUUUGAACCUGCCUCCCUUCUUGCGGGGAGGUACCUUUCCACGAGCCGAGGGAUGAAUCGCUGUGGCAGCUAUGGCUUCCUUGGCAACCAUAGCGGGGUCACUGGAGUAUCCCAUCGUGAGAUACUCCAUCUGAUUGUUAACACUCUUUGUUUUUUGCGUUCGUUGUUGUUGUUGUUGUCGGGUUUCUUUUUCGUUUUGUUUUUUUUCUGCCGUUUGUUAGUUGAAUGGAUCCAGAAUGGAUUCUGUAAUUACACCACCAUUGUAAAUAAAUGUAACACCACCACGAAACGUCUUGCUCGGAGCCCGCAGCGAA